AUGGGACCAACCAUCGUAUUGAUCAGCGGUGCCAACAGAGGCAUAGGUAGAGGGCUCCUUGAACGCUAUAUUGCACGACCAAAUCACGUCAUUAUCGCAGCAAACCGGGACCCGGAUAGUGCCUCAUCCAAAGAGCUCACGGCUUUACCUAGGGGAUUGGACAGCCGUGUUAUUGUCGUCAAGAUAGAUGCAAAGAGCGAAACAGACGCCUCGGACGCCGCCAAGGAACUCAAGGAACGGGGCAUCGAUUAUAUAAAUCUAGUCAUUGCGAACGCCGGCGUUGCCUAUGCAUUUGGCUCCGUCGCCAAUGUCGACAUCAAUGCUGUUCGAGGUCACAUCGAACCCAAUGUUUAUGGCGUUGUACGACUCUACCAAGCUAUGCAGCCCCUACUACUUCGUUCUGUGAACCCGAAAUGGGUGACUAUGGGUUCAAUUGCCGGAAGCAUUGAGUCGUUAUAUCGACUUGGAGAACCGCUUUCUGUUUGUGCUGCUUUAUCGUUACUUGGAUCUGACAGUGGGCGAAGGAACCAACCUGCAAUCGACAACUGCGCUUAUGGACCAUCCAAAGCUGCAAUACACUGGUUCACGAAGAGAAUGAACGGCGAAGAGGAAAGGCUUACUGCUUUCGUAGCCCAUCCUGGAUGGGUUCAGACCGAUAUGGGUGACAGCGGUGCUCGAGUCUUUGGCCUGGAGCAUGCUCCUGACAGCCUUCCUGAUUCAUGUGAUGGCAUGAUAAAGCUGUUCGAUGAGGCUGCGAAGGAAACUCACGGCGGUAAACUAUGGCAGCAUGAUGGCAUUCAACUACCUUGGUAG